AUGGGGAGGCUCCCGGACGGCUCCGCAGACAGAGGCGCCAGCCCCGUGUUCUGCAAGGAACGGCCGUGCUCCCACAGCCAGGCGGCCAGAGGGCCUGACCUGCUCACACCACCCCCCUCGGUCCCCCUCGGUCCCCCUGGUGGCUCUGCUCCCAAGGCGCCAACUGCUGUGCCUGUGGCUGGGCAUUCUUGGGGGCCCAGGGCCGGUAGGACAGUUGGGAGAGGUGAGCCCAUGUCCGUGGGAGCCCGUGUCUGUGGGGAACCCCACGCCCUGGUGCAGGCUCCCUCCGCCGACCCCCGCACUCCGAUGCAGGGAGCAGCCCCGCUCCCGCCCCGUGGCUGGGUCACCCCGGAAGGGAGCCCUGAUCAGAACCCCGGGCUUCAGGUGGUGCAGAUGCAGGAGCCGUUGGCGCAGUCCCAAGACGCCCCCCGGAAGGGGGCACCCAUCCAGCUGCCGCCGGAGCACCGGCUCCCCGCAGGGCACGGACUCCUGCACUUUCCGGGGUGCACAGGGCUUCUGGGGCGCUCAGCCCCGCCCGCCCUCACCCGGCCUCUGCUGCGGACCGUCCUGCACCUGCCGGUCUCAGGGCAGCGCCCCGGGAGCCACGGCGGGCCCCCCCCUGCCCACGGCCUGGCCCACGGCACAGCCCCAGGACCGAGGCGCAGCCACUCAAGGCGACGGCCCGCGGGGAAGCCAGAGGCUCCCGUCCUCCCCUCCCCAGCCUCUGCGAGGACUGGACGCCCCAAGCCUGAGUCGGGGUCCGGCCAAGUGGGUCAGCAGAGCCCCGCGGCCUCAACUGCUCUGGGAAAGACUGAGGAGAGUCGGGUCCGGGGCUCUCCCGUCGGACUCGAUCGGCCGAGGACAGGGCUGGGGGCCAUGGGGGGCUGUGGGGGGGCCGUGGGGGGGUCCACACAGCGGCCGCAGCCCCCACCCAUCCCCGCCAAGGUCGCCGGCGGCCGCUUGCUGCCCUAG